CACGUGCCUUUCAAUACCCUACUCACAGUGUCAUAGAACUCCAACACACAAGUAUCAAGGAGGGGCGAAGAUAUCGAGGUCGCACCCAAACAAGAUGGCGAUCUUCCCGACCCAUACAUGUUCCGGGUCGGUAUAAAGACAGACGACGAGCUCUCGCAGCUUCGUCGUCGUCGCAGGACUGGCAAACGACUCGAAAGGUUUCACAGGAAGCAGAAUGAUCUCAUUCACUCAUUGUUGAAGCCCAUGGAAGAACAUACCCAGGAGGCGAAACAAGAUGCAGAAGACCACCGUUUACCUGUCAGGAUUGCGGUCUGGGCGAGUCUUGUUGCCAACUUCAUUCUCUGCGUACUCCAGCUAUAUGCUGCCGUUUCCUCCGUCUCUUUGUCCCUCAUCGCUACAGGGAUUGAUGCUACAUUCGAUUUUGGAAGUAACAUCUUCCUAUACUGGACUCACAAGAAAGCACUGUCAAUGGACGUCAACAAAUGGCCUGUUGGUGGUUCUCGACUUGAAACCAUCGGAAAUAUCGUCUACGGUUCCCUCAUGGCUUCGGUCAACUUGGUUGUUAUUGUUGAAUCCGUCCGCGCAAUUAUGAGUCAAGAAAAGGACAAUGGCUUUCACAUUCAGGCCAUCAUCGCAGUUGCAGCUGCGCUCGGCGUCAAGUUUGCCCUUUUCUUGUAUUGUUAUACCCUCCGGUCAAAGUCAAGCCAAGUGCAGGUCCUAUGGGAGGAUCAUCGAAAUGAUCUCUUCAUCAAUGGAUUCGGUAUUCUGAUGUCUGCUGGAGGAAGUAGAUUGCGAUGGUGGCUGGACCCUACCGGCGCUAUCCUCAUUGGUGCUGGGGUCAUCUUUGCUUGGAGCCACACUAUCUAUGAGCAAUUUGGGUUCUUGGCCGGGAAGUCUGCGCCACACGACUUCCUGCAACUCAUCAUCUACAAAGCUAUGACCUUCAGCGAUGAAAUUGAGAAAAUCGAUACCGUACGGGCGUAUCACAGCGGACCCGAUUACGUCGUCGAGGUGGACAUCGUCAUGGACGCUACUACCCCGUUAUGGAAGGCACACGAUAUUAGCCAGCAACUGCAGGAUAAGAUCGAGGUGCUUCCAAAUGUCGAGCGUGCCUUUGUGCACGUCGAUCAUGAAACAACUCAUGCUCCCGAACAUCGAAAAAUUAUGUAGGUGAACGGCGGUUGAAUGGAACGAUAUAUCCGCCAUGCUAUCAGUAUAUCUAUGAGAAUAUGUUGUUUCGUUUA